AAAUGAGACCUCUGAAGCUCCUGCAUUUCGGUCUUGCUGUCAAAUGAUGAAAGACAGAGAGAGAGAGAGAGAGAGAGAGAGAGAGAGAGAGAGAGGGCAGAGUGUCAAGUGGGAGAAAGAGAGAAUCGCAAAAAAAAAAAAAAAAAAGAGGGCGUGGCGUAUCCGAGAAACACAAAACCACUUGAGUGAGCAGCUGGGGCCAUAGCACUUCCAGGAAGAGAGAAACUGAAAGGGAGCUGAAUGCUCGUUGCAGAGAGAGAGGCUCCCAAUGAGAGAGCACUAAAGACAGACACUCCGGCUUAAUAGUUUCAUUGAUCUGACUGGAAACACACAUCCGUUACAUACUGCCAAGCCAACCGUUACCGUGUGAUCGAUAACCCAGAAGCUGACAUACCUGCUUGUUUAAGACCUACAGCCAGAACACCACUUUUCCAGCUCAAAGACUGCCUCCCUUCUAACCUGACUGGUGGUCCCCUCAAGAUGGAAGCUGUAGGGAAGUAUGACUUUACUGCCACGGCAGAGGAUGAGCUCACCUUUCGCAAGGGAGACAUUCUAAAGAUUUUAGGAAAUCAAGAUGACUGGUUUAAGGCUGAACUUCAUGGUCAUGAAGGGUACGUUCCCAGAAACUACAUUGAGCAACGGACGCCAAGCUGGUUUCAUGAAACCAUAACAAGACAAGCUGCUGAGGAAAUGCUGAUAAAAAAGGAGUUGGGAUCAUUUCUUAUCCGUGGUAGUCAGAGCUCACCAGGAGAAUUCUCCAUUUCUGUCAGACAUGACUUAGAUGUGCAGCAUUUCAAAGUGAUGAAAGAUGGCAAAGGAAACUAUUUCCUCUGGACAGAAAAAUUCCCCUCCCUUAACAAGCUGGUUGACUUCUACAAGACUUCCUCCAUUUCCAAACACAAGCAGAUCUUCUUGCGGGAGGGCUCCAGGGAUGAGCCCCAGCAGAGCAAGCGUGGAAGCUUAGAGGAGCGUGCAGGGCCAUUUGGAAUACCUCCAAAUCCAAUGCAGUCCCGAAGGCCAUCUGAUAUUCCAUCUCAGCAGGUGAGGUCGCCUCCAUUUGGUAACCCAGGUAGCAGCUCAACUCCACCCCGGCGUCAGUCUGAAGCUCAUCCUGUACCGCAAGCUGGAGGAGUUAUGCGUGUCCGCGCCCUUUAUGACUUUUCAGCAGAAGAGGUGGACGAGUUGGGCUUUCAGCACGGGGAUAUCAUUGAAGUGCUGGAUCGUUCUGACCCAUCCUGGUGGAAGGGGCGUCUUCGGGGACAAGUUGGAUUGUUUCCUAGCAACUACAUAGCCCAACUUUGAACUGGACUUUUACAACAGAAGGGCUGUAAACGAGAACUCGAAAUGACUUGAUGUGAGGAGCAGAGAAAUAUCCUUAAUAUCAAUGCAUUUCUUCAUCAUUUUUGAGGAUCCUUUCUGGUUGUGAAUAAUCAGCCCCUCUUAAAGACAUGAUAAAUAAAAAAUUGUCCAGUACACUAUGCUUCUCUUCAGACAUGUUUCCAGUAACGACAAGAUUUUAUCUGAGAUAAAGAAUUCUGUCUUCAAGAAGAAAGCCCCAUUAGAUGGUGUGAACGUCAAAAAAGCUAAGAGAAGUGGAGCAACUGUCUUUUUGGAACUCAAUAAAAUUCAACUUUAAAGCCAUCCUUUAUUGGACUUUGUGGAAGGCAAAUUUAAAACUGUAUUUAUUUAUCAUCUAAUCCCUGAAGGAGUCAUUUUUUCUUCUCUUGAGAACUUCUUGUUGGUUUUUAAUUGUUGUUUCUUUUAUUUCAUGUUAUAUAAACCAAUGAGUUUUUGAAUGUGCACAGUGGUAUCCAUGUAUGGAGGGCAGAAUGUUUUAAACCAUUAGAACUGAGACAAGAGCUUAUAGUGUAUUUUUAAAGCUUAAGGAGCUAGACUGCUGGAUCAAGAACACCCCCCUCCAUCCCUUCCAUAUGUACCUAUCUACUGUACUUCCACAUUCUUUUAUUGGCUCCUUGCACCCAACAUCUGCUUGUGAAGAGAGAUUCACUGAUCUCGACUUUGCUGACGAUGCUGUGAUCUUCGCAGAUUCAAUGGAGGCUCUGAUUGGGGCUCUCGAGAGACUGAGCGAGGAGUCUGAGUGUCUGGGCUUGCGAGUGUCACUGAUAACAGCCAACAUCCAGGCCUUUAACUCUUUGAGGGCUGAAUAUUUUUUCCAAAAAACAUAGUUUUCUAAAAAGGAAUCACUUCAUAGAGAAAUCAACACAAAACAUCUGUUGCUGCAUGUUGUGGCUGCCAGUUUGCCAAGAAUGUGCAGCAGGCUUGCUGCCAGGCUGUCUUUGCAUGGCUGGGGCAGCAGCAGCAGUGGUCAUGGUCGCAGUGCAUUGCAAUCUGGUUUCUACCUCUUAUCAUUGUUAAGUGGUAGUCCUGCCAGGUAAACGGUGCCAUAGGUGUGUCAGCAACAUGAACCUGUUCAGUACCACGAUUAGCUCGGGACCAACCAGCUGAAGCCAGAACCUCACGCUUGUUUUUGAUCACUUGCAUCAAAAUCAAAGUCUGACAAGUCAUAGUCUAAUUCAGAGAGAACAGGAAAAACGUUGUCCAGAGUAUUUUGCUUUACGCAUUCGCUUUGAUCAGUGCCAUUUUUGCCAUUGUUUGCACCUUGCUACUCACGCAAGCGCAGGAAAUUUUGGUAUAAACCAAUGAGGCUAACUAUCCUUCUAGCAACGUGAGUCCAACUAAAACAUAAUGGUUGGUUUUGUCAAAGUUUACAUUUGAUUACCAUCAUCAACUCCUCCUUUUGACAAAAGUCGACAUCAUGCCUUAAAGAGUUAAUGACCUCUGGGACACAACCAUCAGCAGUAUGUCUGUCUGUGGAGAGAGUGUCAAUGGCAUUAGUGACAUUUGUGUCUCUGGUGACUCUUCCUAUAAAAUCGGUAGAUGGAUUGGGAGAGCAUGGGAGGGUCAUGAGGUUGCUGGAAAGGGGUGUGUGGCGCUCCCGAUAUCUCUGUUAAAGAAUGAAAGUCCAAGUCUUUAAAGUCCUGGUUCUCUCUGUUUUGCUAUAUGGUUGUGAGACAUGGAUGCUAAUCAAUGACCUGAGACAAAGACUGGACUCCUUGCUUUACAUAGCGAGUGGGGUGCCACUUCAACCCCACAAAUGUGCAGCAUCCACCUGGAUCAUGUGACGGCAGCCAUUUUGAACCAAUUCGUGUAUCACACACUAGCUAUUAGGAAGUGAAGGGGUGAGAGAGAGAGAGAGAGAGAUAGAUAACCAAUCAGAGACAAGGGAUCAUUAGAGGCCAGAAUAACCAGGCCAUGGAGGGCAAUUUCGCCAGGACAUCGGGAUACACUGUGCUGUUCUAGCAGAAACCCAAGCUUUUCCAAUGUGGUCUCCCAUCCAAGUACAGGCCAGGGCUGAACAUGCUUAGCUUCAGGUGGCACGUGUGGCAUGACUGCUGGCACAACAUGAAAAGGAAUAAAUCCAAAACGUAAUGUUGAAACAUGAAUCUGUAAACAUCAGGGAAUAUGUACAAAUAUAUGGAAGUGGAGGUCUGUGAUACGGUUUGUAUAUUUGUAGCUGGAAAUCCAGGAAGGGAGAAAAUGAAUCACGUAUCUUAAAACAGUUUUGUAUUCCUAAGCUUUCAACUUCUAUAAAGAGUUAUCAUCAGAGGAAUAUGAUUAGACUUACAGGAAUGCAAGGCAAAAUAAAUAGGACAUAAAGAGGGCAUGUAGGGGGGUGAAAUUAAUGAGGUGGGGUUCGGAGGGUGUUGGUCAUAAAGUCUUAUUUAUUGUGUGCAUGUUCUUCUUUUCAAGCCUGCAUAUGCCGGAUUCAUGUCCAAAUGUCUGUUAAUGACGUUUCAUCGGAUAUGCAUAUAUACAUAUUCCCAGGUUGUUUAAAGUCUCCAUUGGCAAACAAUAAAAAUUUAAUUCCAUCAGA